GAAGACGAGAGUUGAAGUGGAGGGUGAGACAGACGCCAUGAUUGCACCCGAGAGCUGCCCGUAUGGAUUUCUUAAAGUGAAGGGAAAAAGAUGAAUGGAGCUAGUUUUACGGAUUUAACAACUAUCGGAAGUUGUUUAAUUAUUCUAGCGUCUAAGAAGAGGCCGUUUUUACUGUUUGUAUGAGAUGAAGCACCGCUACUGCAUUGUUCUGGAGCCUCUCAGUAUGCUGCCUCUCAACUGGCCCAGCUCUAGCACCUUACCAUGAACUCCAGCCGUAACUGCUCAGUCCAGGACCGUCAUGGCGGGGGCGGGGGCGGCACGGUGGUCCUUGAGUCGGUCUUUAUCGUCACCAUCACUCUCCUGGCCUGCCUGGGGAACCUCCUCAUCGUAGCCACCCUCUACCGCAAACCCUACCUCCUCACCCCCAGCAACAAGUUUGUCUUCAGCCUGACCCUGUCCAACCUGCUGCUGACUCUGCUGGUGCUGCCCUUCGUGGCGGUGAGCUCGGCGCGGAGGGAGUGGGUUUUCGGAGUGGUGUGGUGCAACUUCACCGCUCUUCUCUACCUGCUCAUCAGCUCUGCCAGCAUGCUGACUCUAGGGGCCAUCGCCAUAGACAGGUACUAUGCUGUGCUCUACCCCAUGAUUUACCCCAUGAAGAUCACAGGGAACAGGGCCACGGUGGUUAUUGCCUACGUUUGGCUGCAUUCUCUGGUGGGCUGCCUGCCCCCUCUCUUCGGCUGGUCCUCCUUCGAGUUCGACUGCUUCAAGUGGACCUGCGUGGCGGCCUGGCACCGCGAGCCAGGCUACUCGGCCUUCUGGGUCACCUGGUGCAGCCUCCCGCCCCUCCUCGCCAUGCUAGUCUGCUACGGCGUCAUCUUCCGCGUGGCGCGCCUCAAGGCCCGCAAGGUGCAUUGUGGGACGGUGGUGGUGUCCCAGGAGGAUUCGGGGAACGGCCAGAAGAACGGGCGUAAGAACUCCGCCACCUCCACCUCGUCCAAUGGGAGCAGGAGGAGCCUGGUGUACGCAGGAAGCCAGUGUAAAGCCUUUGUGACCAUCUUGGUGGUGGUGGGCACCUUCUUGGUGACCUGGGGGCCCUACGUGUGCGUGGUGUGCACGGAGGCGAUGUGGGGGCAGGGGAGCGUGUCCCCUGGGGUGGAGACACUGGUGGCCUGGCUGUCAUUCUGCAGCUCGGUGUGCCACCCCCUCAUCUACGGACUGUGGAAUAAGACUGUGAGGAAGGAGCUGCUGGGCAUGUGCUUUGGAGACCGCUACUACAGGGAGUCGUUCGCUACGCGACACAGGACCUCCCGCCUGUUCAGCAUCUCCAACAGGCUCACAGACCUGGGCAUGUCCCCCCAUCUGACAGCCAUGCUGGUGGGAGGCGGCCAGCUGGUGGCCCCCGGGAGCAGCACUGGGGACACCGGCUUCAGUUUCACUCAGGACUCAUGUACAGAUGUGAUGCUCCUCGAUAACUUCUCUACCGACGGCACCUCCCACUCCAAUCACCAUGGCAACUUGUCCGGGAAGAGGCGGAGCUCGGUAACCUUUGAAGACCAGGUGGAGCCGCAUUCCAAAGCUGACCUGGUCCAGGUCCAGGCCGAGGUCCACAAGUCCCUGGAUACCUUCGCCUCCUGCCUGGCCCAGGCCAUCGAGAGCGACGCCAGGCUCACCCUCUUCGGGGGGGAGACCCUCCUGCCCCCCGGACUGUUUGCGGCGGCGGCGAGGGCAGCGCCACGGGGCCCCCGGUACCUGGACGGCCAGAGACUGAGGCUGGAGAGCAUCGAUGAAGGGAUCGUGAAAGACGACAGAGAGGAAGGAGAAGAAGAGGAGGAUGUGGAGGAGCUGUCGGCCUGAAACGCAAAACAAACCUCUCUGACUUCAUACCGUUGGGCAUUGUGUAAAACAUUGUGUAAACAUUGUGUAAACACGUAAAGGUUUACAAGAAAACGUCAACUUUUUGUGUAUGAGCUAUUUCACAGUGUUUUUACUAGCAAAACAGACACUGAAUGCCAUGGUUAGUUGUCAGUCCCUAGCCAUACCCUUACAUGGUUUUGCCAACGAGUUUAUGAAUGUUUUUUUUUUCCUCUCAUAGAAGUAGGCUAUCAGCAGAUUAUCCUUAGCCUAAGACUAAGAGACACACAUCACUGGCAAAAGGUCUAGUCUAGUGUUAAUCUGUGUCCGGAAAUGGCUCUAAAAAGAUUAUAGUGUGUUGGACAUAGUGUAUGCCAUAUAUUGAGUGCCUUGCCAGUAGUUAUAAUCGACUUAGGCUAUACCUCAUAUUGAAAUAGGAAGCCUUUACUACUGUAUAUAACUUUGUUUUAGUCCUCUUAUUCCUUAGUUAAUUUCCAUGACAUUGCCGGCUCAUGGUGAGUUCCAUAAUGCAGUGUGAAUCAGGUGACAGGAAUACUGAUUGACAGCAACACGUUACUAGAAGCCCCUACAUACAAGAGGGGUUUACAGAUGCAUGUUUGUUGAUAGUAAAGCGAGUGAUUCCGCUAACCAUCAACAACCUCUGUAAACCCCCUUAUCAGGGUAGGGGAGCUCUCCAACUGAAACUACCGCUUUCAGUUUCUGUUUGUUGUCACUGGUUGCGUGUAAUGCAUUUGGAAUGCCCUCAGGACCAAUAGGAUGGGUCCCUACUUUCCACAUGUGAAGACAUGCCCUUGACUAGACCUCCAUAUGAUUGCACUUGAAGACACACCCGGAGCAUGAACCCCUGUCCUCUGGUGCCUCGAGCGGAGACAGGGAAGGUCACCUCACAAGGACUCAGCAUGGGUCCUGGAGGGAGCAGGAUCCACUGAGCUUUGACAGACCAGAAGCCUGAAUAUUAGGAAAUGUGGAAGGAUAUAGAUGAAGAGUUAUGAGAAAUAACAGGUACCGUGCUGAUCUGAGAACAUCGAACACUUGGAACACACAUCCCUGAAAACGUGAGCUAGAGUCAGCGGUGGAUGAAGAAUUUAAGAAUUGUCGUUACGUGUUCCUUGCAGGAUUCUCCUCAGUGCCCCCCCGCCCCAGUGACUGUCAAGUAAACAACCACAUGUGGUUCCAAAUCCCUAUUGGUGCACCAGUUCACAAACUGAAAGAAUCACUGUGUUCGCUACAGUAAUUGUGUGUGUCACUGUUAUACCUCAGAGUUGAGUGGUAUAUAUUUGUAAUAAUGUGUGUGUCACUGUUAGCAUAAGGUACUGCAUUGUGAGAGCAAAUGAUACACCAGAAUAAGGUAUUAUACACGUUUGAUUUUUUUUACUGUUAAUUAUCUUUCUACUGCUCUGUAUUAAAGUUUUUUGGUUUGUUUUUUACAUAA